UUCUUUAUUCUUCUCUGUCUCUUUAAUCUAAACUACCAAACCAAAGGAGCUUAAACCCUAAACCGAGAGAAACUGAACCCCCGCUCACAAAAUCACUGUAGCAGCCCCAAAAGCGGCACCACAAACCCUUCCUCCUCCUCCUUCAUCGAAGCAGUAACUAGGGUUUCUGUCUGGGUUUUCGUUCAACAUUGUUUGAGGUUGAAACAGAGAAUUAGCAGCCAUGGCGACCACCAAAGUUCAGAGGAUUAUGACCCAACCUAUUAAUCUUAUCUUUCGGUUUCUGCAAAGUAAAGCUAAGAUUCAAAUCUGGUUGUUUGAGCAGAAGGAUAUAAGGAUCGAGGGACGAAUUAUUGGAUUUGAUGAGUACAUGAAUUUGGUUCUUGAUGAUGCUGAAGAAGUCAACAUCAAGAAAAACACCAGAAAGUCAUUGGGGAAAAUUCUCUUGAAAGGUGACAACAUUACACUGAUGCAGAACGCGGGCAAAUGAUGAUUGAAUCUGGUUAUAAUUUGUGAACUUUGGCUUGUUGAGUCCGAAAAACAAUUCGUCUGGUACCUUGUGUAACCUUACAAUAGAGAUAUCGUAGUACUACUACCUGUGGGGGAGAAACUUGAAUCCAUAUAUGUUUCUCCACAUGCCGAAAUAUUCUAUUUCGAAUAAUUAGUUAUUCGGCUUGCUUAACUUGAUAUGGCUAGAACCUCUUGUUAUGUGUUUAUCCAUGUGUAAAUUUUUUUUCUUCUUUCGAUUUCCUGGUUAUCUUGUUUUGCUUACCCUAGCAUAUGAAUUAAAAAGUCUCUGUCCAUAUCUUGGACUGAGUAAUAAGAAAUGUUGACUGUUAU